AUGCACUUUUUCCAUUGGCCUCCUUCAUUUUUCCUCAAAUAUGCCACUAUUGCCAAAGUUGCUGGAGAAAUGAGUCCUCCUAUAGACAUUCAUCACCAUGUCUUCGGCUUCCCAUCGAGAAAAACUUCCUACAUCUUCAUCUCCCUUGAAGAUCCUUCCAUAUGCUUCUCAGCUUCCCCAUGCCUUGUGGCAUUUCUCAGUCUUCUUUCCAGAGGUAUAUCUCCUUUCACAUCAUUAGCUAUCGCCUCCAGGCGCCGUUUCAAUUCUGUUAGCGGGGAGUCUCGUUUUCUUCAUCCCAUUCAUACGACUCUUCGUCUGCAGUACUCCCUUGCUCUUCAGGCAAUUCCUAACUACAUAGCCUUUCUCUCUACAGCCAUAACACUCAGUCCCUUUAAACUCUCUCACCAAGUGACUACUACACCCACACGUCCAACACACCUUUUCUCCUUGGUUCUUCUCACUUUUCGCUGCACUGGAGCCUGCUGGGGCCAUCCAACCUCUUCUGUUUCUUCAUGGGGUGGCCUUUUCACUACAUGCAUCUAUUCCUUUCCUUUCUUCCUUAUAAAUAGGAAUACACCAGAUGUCAGACUAGAAUUCAGUAGCCUCCUCAGGAUCAGGACGGAUUGUGUUCCUUUUCUCACCACUGAAAGUUCAGAAAAACAAAUUAUUCAAAGCUUAUUUCUAUCCUUCUUUCUCUGCUUCGGCUUCGUCUACUCACCAUGGUGCCGCACACCGAUCCUUACAAGGUCGUUUUCGCAAUCUCCUGAUAUCAAGGUUCUCUUUUUCUUUCUUGUUCUUUUCUAUCCAGUCGCUCACCAAAACGAUACCCUCUUGCAUGCAACAUUUGUUACGCCAACCCAAACUAUUUAG